CCUCAACGUAUAUAUAAACCUUAGUUUCGCUUUGUUAGCUUUCAAAGUAUUUUUGUGAUAUUUUGGAGAAGCCAUGGAGCAACUAGCGUGUUUUGUAAAACUUCUUAUCCUUAUUUGUCUGAUUUCCGAGGCCGUGCAAGUUGACAAUGUUUUGAAGCCCGUUGUCGUUGAUUCUAGCGCGUCACUACCAAGACCACGUAUUGUGGGCGGUCUUAUCGCAGCCAGUGGCCAAUUCCCGUAUCAGGUAUCAGUGCGCGUGGGAGGACGUCACAGUUGCGGUGGCGCAAUACUUUCUCAAGACUAUAUCAUAACUGCAGCACACUGCGUAAUCAGCCUUCCAACGUAUUUUGUCACCGUGAAUGCUGGUUCUGUAAAUAGUUCUGUGGAUGGCGUAGUUGCAGGCGUAUCGGAAAUAAUAAUACAUCCUGAUUUUUCUUACACCGAUAGUGAUAUUGCCUUGCUGAAGCUCAAUGUUUCACUACAAUUCACCGAUCUCAUCAAACCAAUAGCACUGGCUGGUGUUUCGCCACCCACAGGUGCAUAUGCCACAAUUUCCGGCUGGGGGCGUACACGUGAGGGUGGUCCACUCUCUGAACUACUAAUGUACAACCGAUACGUGAGAACACUAAGCAAUGAUGACUGCGCUAGGGCGAUCGGUUACAAAAGUGCCGGAAUCUUAUGCCUUGCUAAGUCGAGAGGAAAUGGGAUUUGUGGAGGAGACCAAGGUGGUCCAGCUGUAUACAAUGGUGUAUUGAUUGGCAUCGCAAGUUAUCACAAACUUGCUUGUGGUACGGAUGAACCGGAUGGCUACAUAAGGAUUUCAACUUACAGAAAGUGGUUGAUUGAUGUUUCUACUGCUGAUUCCGGAGUAGUAUAAGAACGUUUUCGUUCGCUAUUAGACAAAAUUUAAAACCUGUACAAAUUUAAUAUUGGUGAAGGUUAUAAAUUCAAUGGAAAUAAAUUAGCCAUUAUUAUGAUAACACAACA